AUGUGAGUGAACCAUGACGCUGCCUGUGCUCAGUGUGUUUGGGUCAGUGUGUGUCUGUGUGUGUUUGUGUCUGUGUGUGUUUGGGUUGUGAUGAAGUUUGAAUCUUUCUGGUUCAGCCAUGGAGACUAAACCGAAGCGGACACAAGUGACGACACAGUGUUGACAAGCGGCUCUGAGACCCGGGACAGAACGGACUUUAAUGGACGAUGUAAACCCUGGACCGUACCGGGACUGAAGCUCCUGCCUCCUGCGGUGAGUCGCCCUCCUCCCCGGGUCCGAUGCCUCCGCGGGGCGACGGGAGCUUCAAGCCGGUGUCCCCUGCUCCGCCCGUCCCGCCGAGGAGGGUCCGGAGCCGGGACAGGGGCUCCGGCAGGACGCGGCGCUCCGGGCCGGAGCCCGGGGCCGGGUCGGCGGCGGAGAGGCGGGUGAAGUGUGUGCUGGUGGGGGACGGAGCUGUGGGGAAGACCAGCCUGGUGGUCAGCUACACCACCAACGGGUACCCCACCGAGUAUGUGCCCACCGCCUUCGACAACUUCUCAGCGGUGGUGUCAGUGGAUGGGCAGCCAGUCAAACUACAACUGUGUGACACAGCUGGACAGGAGGAGUUUGAUAAGCUGCGUCCUCUGUGCUACACCAGUGCAGAUGUGUUCCUGCUGUGCUUCAGUGUUGUCAGUCCCGCCUCUUUCCAAAACGUUCCAGACAAGUGGGUCCCAGAGAUUCGCAGACACGCCCCGUUCGCUCCACUUGUUCUGGUUGGGACACAGUGUGACCUCCGAGAAGAUGUCAAGAUUCUCAUCGACCUGGCGAGGUAUCGGGAGCGGCCCAUUGAGCCAGCGGACGCCUGGGACUGUGCCAUGGAGAUCGGAGCGGUGGCCUACAUGGAGUGCUCCUCUUUGACCCAAAAAAACCUUAAAGAAGUGUUUGACACGGCCAUACUGGCCAGUCUGCAGAACUACAGCUCCCAGAAGCUCCCGAGAGGGAAACAAAAACGACAGAAAAAGCAAAGGCAGACGCCGGACAAGAUGAAGAGUCUGUCCAAGUCAUGGUGGAAAAGGUACUGUUGUGUGGCCUAGAGCAGACCUGUGAUCAGAUUUGCGUCUCGCUGACUCUGACUUUAUCCUGGUCUGGAUUCUGCUGAGUUGGGGGUCUACCCGGAUUCAGUCUGGGUUUCUCUGUAAUGGAGCCUGAUGUUGAGCAGGAUCUCGACUGGAGUGUGGCUGAGAACCAAAGUAAGACUGUCAUGCAUCUCAAAUGUUUUAGUUUUUCUUUGGAGAUUUUUGUAUUAUCAUGGAUGAGAUUUACUACUGAGCCCAGCCCGGUUCUAUAAGAGCCCAGAAAACCAAGCAGUGCUCCAGUGUCCCUGAAUGAACCAGGGAAUUUUGAGCUCUAAUAACCUGGUUUCAGCCUCAGUUUCUGAGGAGAAGUUGUUCAUCGCUCUCCUGAAAUUUAACUGGAAUGAAACAGGAGUUGUUGUCGGUGAUAAUGUUGUUGGGACAGUUUCAGAUUUGAGCAGGAGCAGAGACUUUGAUUUUCUGGUCGGGGUUUAACACAUGAAUUAGAAUGUUGUGUAGGUGGAAGGGAACUGGACUGUCUUCAGACUACAACUGUAAUUGUUGGUGACUUUAACAAAACUACAUUCACACUUAUCUUUAUAAUAGUUUCUAACUCCACAGUGGAGCAGACCUAAUUGUUUCAUCACUGAACAUGAUUUAUGUUAGAAGUUAGUCAACAAGUUUAGCCCAUGGUUAAUUUUAGAGCUUUUUUAUCACUGGGCUGAUUGUUUUCUAAUGAAAGAACCGUAUUUUAUUCAGCAGCUUAUAAUUUUAUCCUGGUCACAUGUGGUGCAGCCAGCAAACCUAAUCUGGAACCUGCACCCUGGUUAAUAUCUGACUCUGUUUUGGGAUCUAUUUAACGUCCCUCCAGAGUGAAGCCAGACUAAGUUUGGUCAAUGAAAAACGUUCUACCCUCUUAAGAAUAAAAAUGAUUUCUUUCGCCUGGAUCAAAAUCAACCCCUACAUAUCAUAACUCAAGCAAAAUAACCUAAACACAUAUCUUAGUAGUAGCAAAGGAUGCUGAACAAUGUCCAGACUGUCUGAAUAUAUGAUGAAAACACACGCACCACUGUAAAGGUUUUUAUCUUACAGACACAAUCCCGGAGUCAGGGACCUACUGCAGGGCUCCACUGGUAGCUGAGCCAGUUUAUCAUCCUCAUCUGUCUGACCUUGGCACUGAAAGAUUGUACAGUCUGAGAAAAUUGACUGGUACAAAUGUGGUUUUGUUCAACAUAAAUCUUUGUUGGUCCUCUCAGCCUGAAACUUGCAUCAGCAGACACCGGAAACUAAAAAUGAGUUUUAGGUAUUUGUUCUGCUUUGGUGCAUGUUUGACUUAUCUUACAAGAAGCUUGCGAAGCCUUAAGCAUGAGCACUUAGCACUAAUUCAACCAAGUGCUCUCUGCAUGUGUUCGAAUUUACAAAAUGGACUAAACACAGUUGUUUUUUUCUUUUCUUAGGCCUUCAAUGCAAUUGUUUGAAAGACUGUGAAAUUUCUACCAUGUACAUAUUUUGUGAAAUAUUUUUCUAAGUAGCUAUCAACUACAGUUUGAUUCAUCUUGUUCGUUGCUCUGCAUUUGCUCCAUUUACUCUAAAUCUGAUCCUCUGUAUUCAUUAGCGGGGAAGCCAUAGGUCAUUUCCACCACUCUGAGUCCAUGCUGCGUUCACGCCACAGAGACACCCAUUGUCCACCACGUGUCUGCUGUAUGCAGCACUGCAGCCUGUUCGCUCUCAAACAGAUUCACUUUAAUAUGUUGUUAGAGCAGAAACAAAAAGACAAACUAAAACACUAAAUGUGUAGUAAACCUCAGCUGCCACACCUUCCUUUGUACACUAACAUAAGAGCAGAUCCCCAGCAUUUAAAACUAUCUCUCCACAGUGCCUCCAUGUGAAUGGCUCUUUGUAUCUUAGAGUCACUGCAGCAGCAGGAAUGAAAGAGGUUUAAGUCCGACUGAAGCAGAUGUGCGUUGGUUCAGCAGUGUAAUCACUGUGGAGCCCCUAGUCCUGAAAUAUUAUUUUUAUUCGUGUGUGCACAACAUAAUAAACUUGCAUGUGCACACAGGGAAAAAAUAUUUUUGCCUUUUACGACUUUAAGGAGUCUGUAGUAUAUAUAUUGAUCAGACAAAAACACAAAAAAGUAUGUUCAAGCUUAGAUUUCUGAACUCCUUUUUUAACCUGUUUGACUGGUAAGACAACGUUUCUGAGACUGCUGUAAUGUUUCUAUGAUGAAAUAUAUGUUCGCCCAAAGCUAAAGUCCUAUUAUACCUGAGCUACCAGUAAUCUUAUUUCGGGUGAGAGGAGUGUGAAAGUGGAGCAGUUUUAAACCUAAAGCUAAACUUGCUCCAUCUUUUAAAGUGGUUUAAAGUUAGUUUCUCUAUUGGUGUGAAGUGGAGUGAGCUGUCGUGUGCCUUGAAAUCAUUAUAAUAAUUAUUUUGAACGCAACUCUACUAAGGAGUACUUGUUAAGAGGUUAGUUUAAAUAAAUCCCAACAAACUGAGAUUGAAAUUGAAUGGAUUUUUCAGGUGUUUUCAGUGAGGUUCGUACACCCAAACUGGAUUUUCACAGCUUAUUCCAGAUUGUUUUCACCCUCUACCAAGUCUCAAACAACUAAAGCCGUAUGUUGGCACCAAAAUACGGUUUCGAAAAGAUUAUCCGCCAGAGACGUCCUCAUGUAACCCAAACUGAUCUUGUAGCAGCAUUGACAGUGUUGCCCUUCAAGACAAAUCUGUGAAACCAAUCAGUUUGAAACGUUAUCCUUGUGUUGCAUUCAGGUGUUCUCUGUAACACUGGGACUCCUGAUUUUUGGACCGUGCUUCACUGGAGCUCUGUGGUUGUUUUCUGUCGAGGAUGCUACCGCUGCGACUGAAAGGGCUCACUGUGCCCAUGUUUGACUUCAUGAUAGCAAAUGUAUUGUUGCUUAUUGGGGGGGAGAGGCAUAAUAAGUUGCUUGUCUCUGUUUGUCUGCAGUCUUAGUUGAUGGUGGAUUUAAUUUGGCCAAAGGUCACGCAGAUCUUUGUGAUCGCCCACGUUUCCUCUGUCAGGUUUUAUCUGUCUUUUUCACAGUUUUUUUCCUCAUCACAUUGGAUUUUGUUUGCAUGCAGCACGAGAUCCAGGCCUGCAUUCACACUGAGAACAUUAUAAAACUGGGUCAAUUAAUUCCUGUUUAAAUACAUCAAAACGGCAUGAGUGACUUUUUGGUAUGUUGCUAUUUAAUUAAUCAACAAUAGCUUGCAUGUGUCUGACAAGGAUUUCAGACAUAAUGUGUCUUUGUUUAGGUUCUUCUCUAAUUAUCCAGUCUACAACACCUAAACACAGAAAUUAGCUUUAUCUUUUAUCUUGUAAAACGACUCAUCCUCUCAGAACCACACACUGGCCUUGACUGACGUUUUUGGAGUAAUGUUACGUGGUGAGUAGUUUAACAGUAACGCAAAUAGAUGAGAUUCAUAGAUACAGCAAACUGACUCAGUAACGUUUCUAACUGAAGUAAACAAAAGGAGACUGGUCGUUUCAGAGCGACUAAGGCCCCAGCAGCGAAACCCCUGAAUGUGUUGAAUUGAACAGAGAUGCAUGUUUCUGCUUAAAGAUUCAUUAUUUUCAUGUAUAGGACUGAUGAGGUUGUGUUAUUCCUUCUUAAAAAACAGAAUUUCCUGGUUGAUGCUCAGCAGUGUGUGUCCUGUAUGACGAUGUAUGGCCCUGGAAUGUAGAACAGACAGGUCUCUGAAAGUGAACUGUCCUGUGUUAUAUGGAGACAUGAUGGUGACUGAGAAAUGUGGAGACAGAGUAUUGUGCUGCAAAGCUGGUGUUUUGCUGAAAGUGAGAUAGAAAUGUCAUUGUGUGUUUGGGACAAUGUCGGUUGCUCUGAUUGCCAUUAAGAAAUGUGUAUAUAUAAUGACGAUGGCUGGCUUCAGUUUGUGUGAUUUAUUAUUGUUGGGGCAGGAUUUCAAUCUGCACAAAAGUACAAAUUACAAGUUUACUGAUAAUUAAAUCAAUGAUCACAUUGUGAUGAAAGUUGGUGCAGGUUUGCCUUUGUGCUACUUACCGUAGUGCUGAAAUCCUGUGAGUGUGGAGCCUUGAGAUAGGGUUCAAUUUUUAUUUGCUUCAGUGAUUAUAAAUGUGAGUAUGCAAAUUAUAAAUGUGAGUAUGCAAAUGAAUGGCACUUACAACUUUUGGAAUAUUUCCAAUAGACCCCUCCAUCGGCAGCCUUGAGAUGGCAGCUACAAUGUAAUCUUAUGGGAAAACUGCGGCAUUCCAUGAAAUGUCAUCUAAACUGGUAUUUUUUCACCAAUAAAGGCUCAAAUGUCAUUUUGCUAUUGGCAUAGGUUCACAGCACUCAUAACUACACCACCAGUUUCCAGAGAAAGCGGUGCAGCAUCUCGUUGACCCUCCUAUGCUCUCUCUCUUUUUGUGGACUGUCUCAGUUGCCCCAUACGAUUACAUUGUAGCCAUUGUUGCUGAGUCACAGCGUGUUAUGGUGAAGAUCUACUAGACCAAUUCCAAACGUUUUUGUAAGUACAAUUUAUUCACACGCCCACUUAGGGCCCUGGUUGAAAAAUACUAUUAUUCCCUGAGAAGACAGCUCAUCCAGAUGUUCAUGAUCAAAUUGAGAGGUUUUCUGUUUGUGAAUGUUGUUUCUUUUCUUACAGCAAAUCCUUUAUCGCUCUUUAUCUAAUAUGGCAGUUACACCAAAUUUAAAGCCAGAUGAAUUGACAUUUUAUUGUACAAAACACAACAAAAUUAAGAGUGCUGUUCCUGGUUAGUGGAUUAACAUCACUAAAUACCCACACCUCUUUAUUGUUGAUUGCACAUGAACAUAUAGCCCAGAGUUUAAUCAAGCAGAGACAACCUGGGGAAAUUAACAAAAUAGUUAAUUCUUGAGAUUUAAUUAUUUUCUCACUGAGGUUGAUAGCCCCAGAAACACAGCUGAGCUCACUCACAUGGAACACCAGCUGAGAACUUCUCUUAGCAAACCAACGCUAUCGUUCUGUAUAAACCGUGGCUGAUUUUUCCAGCGAAUGAAAACAUGGUAACAGAUAAUACGCUGCUGCAAUCUGUUCACAUCAAAUUCUCUGUUGAACUGAGGAUGUCAGACAAAGGAAGAUGUGUUUGUACAAACGUUUUAUACCAUGAGAAAUAAAGAAUAUCUGAUUUAA